AUGGACCCCGCCGAGUGGGCCGAGGCCAACUUCCAGAUCGUCCGCCACGACGCCUAUCGAUUCCAGGACCCGCAGGCGCGUGCGGUGGAGAUCACGGAGGAGUACUACGCCCACAACGCGCCCAUCAUCCUGGACCAGCUUGCCGCAGCCGGCGUGCGGCUGGCCUACCUCCUCAACUCUGCCUUUGCCUGA